AUGUCAGAAGAUUCAGAAUUAAUAGAACAAGUAAUUGAACAACCUGAUAGUUUGAUAAUCUCUCCACCUUCAGACUCAUCAUCAUCAUCAUAUAAUCAUAUCCAACCAUUUGUAUAUCUUGAAAGUACGGCAACAACACAAACCAAUCACAAUGUUUUACUUAUUUUAAAUCAAAAAAUCACUAUUGAUUUAAUAUCACUAUGGAAAAAAUGUGAAAUCAUAGUGUGUGCCGAUGGUGGAGCAAAUAGUUUAUAUGAAUAUUUCAACGACAACAACCACCACCACCACCACGAAAACUUACAAAGAAGUGAUUAUAUACCAGAUUAUAUAGUUGGUGAUUUUGAUUCAAUUUCUCCUGAUGUGAAAACAUAUUAUGAAUCUCAUGGAAGUAAAAUCAUUCGUCAAUCAAGUCAAUAUUAUAAUGAUUUCACCAAAUCAAUACAUUGUAUUCAAUUACAUUAUCAAUUGAAUCACACCAAAGAAAAUUGGUUUGAAUCUAUUGAUGAAGUCGAUGGAUUAGCUAAAUUAUGGAAUGGUUUAAAUAAUUCUAGCGAUGUUGUUGUUGAUAUUGAUAUUACAAUAUAUGUUCUUAAUGCUAUUGGUGGUAGGUUUGAUCAGACAGUACAAUCAAUUAAUCAAUUAUAUAUAAUGAAUGAAGAUUAUCCUAAAGUGACGGUUUUUUUCAUAACUACUAACGAUAUAAUUUUUUUAUUGAAAAAGGGGGUUAAUUAUAUUAGUUAUAAGAAUAGACUCAUGUUUCAUAAAGAUAAUGGAUCAUCACCAACUCCAACAUGUGGAUUAUUACCAUUAAGUAAUAAAACUCCAAUUAUAUUGAAUAGUUAUGGAUUGAAAUAUGAUAUGAGGAAUUGGAAAACGGAAAUGUUGGGACAAGUCAGUUCUAGUAAUCGAAUAAGCGGUGAAACUGGAUUUAUUGUUGAAUGUUCUGAUGAUAUUGUAAUGAAUAUUGAGAUUGAUGUUUAA